AUGUUGACAGGUCAUACUGUCGGUUUACUGGAAUACAGUGAAUCUAAUCAACUUCUCUUAAAAGAUCCUGUAUCUGAGACUGAUGAUGAAGAAGGAGAACUUUCACGUAAGGUACUCCAUGUGGCCUCAUUCGAGGAGCUAGCGAGGCCCCAUCUGCAAUAUGAUACAGUAAUUUGGGUCCUUAUAUCGUUGCUUCUGGUUUUAGCCUGGGGAGUUGGAGUUAUUAUGCUUCUAUAUCUCCCUAUAAGAAGAUAUGUGCUGAAUAAAGAUAUCUCCUCACGUAAAUUAUAUGUUACACAAGAUGAGAUAGUUUACAAGGUAUAUCCCUAUUUUUUUCCUUAUGUUUCAUUCUGAUUUUAUUUAUCUUCUCGUUAAAAAAGACUUUGAAACGUUAUAGGUUGUCAGGCCUUCAUUUCUACCUUUCUUGGGAUUUACAAAAACUGAGAAGCGCAUCCCUCUUCACAUGGUUAUUGAUAUUAUCAUUGAACAAGGUAUGCAUGCAAUCUGCCGCUAAAUUAGCCUUAUGAUUCGUCUCCCUGGACAAAUCUGGUGCUAUAUUCAUUGAUUUUGUAUCAGUAUCUUAUGUUCUGCUCCACAGGUUCGUUAUGCUUUUGUCAUAGCAGUAUACUCCUGCUAGCCAGUAGUAGUGGCUAGAAUAUCAAUAAUCAGUCAUGACCGCUUGGUCAACUUGUUUUUCUUCAGUGUGCUUUCACUGACCCAGGUGAUCUUAGGUUCAACUGAAUAGAAAUCCUAAGCAUUGCCUUUUGAUCUUACAACUUCAAUUAAUUGAAGAAUAUCCAAAUUUCUGUCUGUGUUAGUCCGUUUUAACUUUUUUUCCUCUGGAUCCAAUUGAUCCUACGAAGGACUACUCAUACAUAAAAUAUUUUGGAAAAAAAAAUCAUUCCCUUCAGGAUUUCCUGACAAAGGUUUUUUUCAUACUCAACUUCCCUUACCUCUCAACUCAGGAUAAGUAUUGCCUGACUAUUGGAGGGAUUGUAUCAUUUUGGAAUUUGAAAUACAUACUUAAAUGUGAUUUGCUAAAUAUAUAUUAACCGAACGCUAAGAGAAAUGCAUUUUCUCUCGUUCAUCUGUGGAUCCUGGGGAAUCAUAGAUAUGCUGGAUGCAUGAUUAUCAUCGUACAUUUAAUUUCUGAUGUUUAUUGACAUAUUUCAUCUGCUGCAUUGGUAGGAUUCAGUAUGGAUUUCUGAAUAAUAAAUGAUGAGAUUUGAAGGUAAUAAUUAUAGAGAAUUUGUGGUAUUUUAUGGAAAAAGUAAUGCUUUCUGGUUCGCUGAGCCCAGAAACGUUUUUCUCAUUCUAUUUUACGCACUUUGUCGUGUGGGGAACUAUGUUAGUUGAUGGUCCUGCAGAGAACAUUUGUCUUUUAAGGAAUUUCUUGCCAUAAUUCAUUUGAACUGCUACAUAGUAUCUUGGAUAUCACCCCUGGGUGUCUUUUCGUUUUUCUCUCUCUGUUUUUCUUCUAGAAAAUGUACUCUGUUAGGAGAAUGUUUACUUUUCUUUCUUUACUAGAGACUCUUUACUAUUUUAUUCAGUGAAAUUCGAUUAUUUUUCACUAACUUAGGACAAAGGAGAACAUGCCCAUACACCAGGGUAUGGAACAAACCUAGCUUCCUCAUUUUCACAAUAUAGAAGAGCACGGACUUUUUUCCCAGUGUAAUUUAACAGGAAGCGGGACUCACUACUAUCCUCUUGGUUCUUUGGAAUAAUUUGUUACUUUUUAGCCACGUGGCCCCCAGUGUAUCAAGUAAAAUUAUCUUCCAAACCUGGAAACCACCUUCAGUGCUCACCUCAAAUUUCAUUUUAGGAACGACUUCUCUUAUCCCUAUACCUGGUUACCCUCGCACAGUUUGUACGUUUUGGAAGACUCUUCUCCUCAAUUGACUACAAGAACUACGUUUUCGUAAAUAGAAGGUCCACCAUGCGAGAGACUAAUGUGAUUCAUCAGUGACAACCAAAUUCUUCAUUUACAAGCUAUUACGUGGAGCCCACAGUUAAGUGGGAACCUGCCAUCGCCCUCCCCACUAUAACUCCAGUAACUGUGAACCCUACCUUGGGGAUGAUAACCGCUGCAUUUCAUCACCUUGGAGGUUCUUCCCCAGUCUUGACGGUUUAUUGGUCUCUACCUUUCCAAAUCCAUAACUUAUAAUCUUAUGUUGACUUCCGGACAAGGGGAACCAAAAUAUGCUUCUUAUGCUUACCUGCUCGCUCCUAACCAAGGGAUUUUCUAUGCAUGCAGGUUGCUUGCAAUCUAUCUAUGGGAUCCAUACAUUUAGGGUUGAAAAUAUAGCUUAUGGAAAAGCUGCUGCUAUGGAUGAAUUACAGGUUCAAGGGGUUUCUGAUCCUGAUCUUCUGAGGAAGGUAAUUCAGAAUCCUAUACAGUCAUAUUCUUCUGGAGGAGGAGGUAUCUUCUUCGUAUUUAUGGCAAGUAAAGCAGUAUGAUUCAGAUAAAUUUUAAAUGACAUCAUCUACACCAGUGCUCGCUAUCUUGUCACUUGUGAUUGAACUGUCUAUAGUUCUCAGAAUCAAAGAGUUACUGCAAUAUAUUCCAGUGAAGUUUUGAUGGAGAUGUACAAGGUCUUUAUUACAAGAGACUUUGAGAUAACUAUUUUGGUUCGACUGAUACUCUUGUCAGGCAGAUUAUCGCACCAAUUUCUUUAUGAUUUUUUUAACUAGCAAUUGUUGUAGGCUCUGCCUCUGUGAUAGUUAUCGGCGUGUUAUUCAUAACUCGAGUCGUUGUAUUAUUUAGGAUUAAGGACAUGGCCACUAUUUUUCCAAUUAAAUUGGAAAAAUCAGUGAAGUCCCAAAUAUAUGAGAGUAUUUCAUUUGAGUCUUAAGCACAGUUUUUUGAAUAUGAGGCCCUCUCGUUCUUCCCAUUUCUUGAAUUAAUACUGAACUUUUGAACUAAAUAAAGAAAGUUACUGUCGUCAAGUUCAGUUCUCCAUGAAAUGCCUGAAAUCGAAAUUUUCUUUUGUUUUUGUUUUUGUUUCGAUUUGCAUUCCUCUAGGGAUAGUUAGUUUUCGUUCAUGAAUAGGCGCUAUGAAUAAAUACUGUUAUUCACAUUCUUGUUUGGGACAUCUCAUCUGCGAGCGAUGCUUUUGUCAGUGAUUGGUGUCCCAAUCUUAUGUCUUUUUUUUAUCUUCCUAUGCUCUCGUUAUCUCUUUGAUGAUUUCUUCCGUUAUGCAACUCAAAUCCUGUGAUUAUACUGUAACACUUGUCGGCACUGUGAUCCACUUGAGAUUCUGUAAUGCAAUUCGGGUUUGUAAGCCUCACCAUUAUUUGCCUGGCAACAUGUUACGAAGCCAACUGUCGUCUACACAAGACGAUCUAGACCCCCACGUUGAGGGGGGACCACAACAGAAUAAUGCACUGGGGCCUAUAAACAUAGAAGAGGCCGGAAUAAGAAAGGAGGGGAAGAAAACGGAGAGUGGAGUGGGAGAUCUGUCCCUGGGCAGGUCCUAUUCGGGCUCUCCUGUUCCUGAGGAUCGAUCUGACCUCAAGAACUCACCCUACUGUCUGCGAACCUCUAUUGUCUUUCCAAUUUUCAUUUUCAAUUGUUGUCUGGUUCUUCUACACAACAGAAGAGUUGAUUUCCUGAAUGGAACCACGUCUAAGGUAAGAUUAGGGCAUAGAUUCGCCCAAAUCUCAAGAGGUUCGUAACACAACACUUAAAGGCCAACAGCCUAUGCUAGUUUGGCUCAAACUCCUGAGUGCAUUCUAAGAGGAUUGAGACACCAAUCACGGCCCUCUCUUUCAACUUUUUCAUUAGUUUAAAAUGGAUCCGUUUAUUUAUCCUAGGCCAUAGCUCUGUGAGGUGAUUUGGGGCUCCUCUUGUCAGUUGCAUCUUCAUUUGUUGCACGAAGUGAACAGUAUCUUUACUCUUCUUCCUUCUUACCUUUCAUGUAUAAUUGGUGCAUGCUGAUUACUUAUUCAGACAUGAACAUAAAUAUUGCUUCUCUACGGAGGUCCCGCUGUUCUCUCCUUCUGACGUGUCAAUGUUACAGCAGUAACUUUGCCGUCCACAAUGGGUUAUUUAUGAUCUUGUAUCAGAGUUUAUGCCUGAUAUCUGUAGCUUUCGUUGUGUUGUAUUGUGAUUUACUGGCUACACUGAGGCCUGACUUGCUCAUACCGUGCUUACUAUAAUUCUCGUGGUUUUAUUCAUUUGAACUCUGUGUGAAUGACACAAAUACCACUUGUGAUGAUGCUCCCAUUUUUUCUCACAUGAGGAAGGAUCUUCAUUAGUAGGUUGAGAAAAAGGAUAUUCAUUAACUGCGCACCUUUUAAGAUCUGAAAUUACUUUUCAGUGCAAUAUCUUAUUCAUUAUCGUAUGCCACUGACAUCUCACGAGCCUUGCAUAUUAGACAUAACCGCAAAACUUCACACGUGAGAAUUUUCUGCCCCUAACAUCAGACUUCCGUUCAUUUCCCCUUCAUGUCUUGGCCUUGUUGAGGCUAGAACUGUCUAUAAGCUGGCCGAAGCCUGGGUUCAUCUUGGAUGGGGUUGCAUAAGAUCAUGCCAAGCUCGUCUCAUAAAUUUGCUGAUGCACUUGAAAAGCCUGGGUCAACUUGGGCUCUAUUCUUUUGAUUAGAAAGCUCUCAAAGGAUUUGAGGAGGAAGCAUCACAGAUGAAGACGGGAAACAACAUUAAAGAGACCUUGAAUCGUUAGGCUUCCCAUCUCAGAUUUUUUAAAUUGCCAUUGUCCGAUAUCUUCGCCCAGUUCCACCCCAUUUUUAGCUGAACGGGAGAAGAAUUGAACUCCCCAACGUAUGUCUCUGAGAGUACAUUGAUGCUUCUAGUUGGGCAUGUUUCAGUGCAGCCCAUUUUUUUUCACAGCCGUAGUUUGUGGCUUGCUCGCGUGAUGUUCCACUGUGAGAUUCUUUGCUUAAUCUUUAGCAUAUCAUUACGUUGACCACGCCAAUCUUCAUCACCUGUCAGCCCACUUCUUCUCUCGUAAUUUCUCAAUCGCCAGUCGGACAAGGAAGCUAGGUGUUUUUUUCUCACUCUAACACUUAGACCGCCAUCAUGUUGUGACUGACACUUGCUAUCAUGAAAGUGCAUCCUAUUGAUGACUCAAUUUCUGGCAAAUUUUGUCAUUCGUGGGUGCACCAACCCCAAGAAGGGGUAGAUAUUCUGAUCAUCAUUUCCCUGCGUUGGGUCACUUGUGAGAGAUGUUCUUCUAACCUGCAGGUCAUCAUUUCCGAGGCCGCCAAGAGUAUUCAAGUAAAGUGCUGGAAUGCCGGCAGAUUUCCCGGGGAUGGAGAAUCCCCACUGACUCACACGGGGUAUCUUAUGGGUGUUUCGCCGAUCUCUAGGUUCCGAUCUCCCAGUGGAAAGGUAGCAGCACAAUACGUAGUGUCUUUCCUUCUCAUCAUGUGAACUCUUCUUCUUCUUCGUCUUCUUCUUCAAUAUCUUCUGGACCGACCCAGAUGGCGGCAUCACCACGUUUUGAGCCUGGAGCAGUGGCUCCCGGGGAUUUCCUGCGCAAGCUCGAAGAAGUCAAGCAAUCCGUGAAGGUGCUGAGAAUGUCACCGACUACUUACUACUUGUUGAAAAGCUCACUAUCUAUUUCCUUUCUUCUCGAACAGAGACUCGAGUCACUUGUUGGAGGUUCGGAGGAGGACAUCGAGGAGUGCUGA